GAGAACGUUUUCGCGGAUUUUUUUCAAUGUUUGAAGCGGCCUAAUGGAGCUCUUUUGUGCCAAAGGGUAAGAAACAUAUACUUAGUAACACGUAAAUAAAAACAUAAUUAGCAUAUUAUUAUCGUCUGCUUUGUUAUUGUUCGUCAACUUGGCAAAAUGAGCACGGAGAAGAAACGGGGACAGAAUUGGGGGGUUGAUGAAGAGGUCGCUCUCAUCGAAGAGGUGAAAUUAAGAGCCAAUACGUUGUUCGGAUCGUUCAAAGGGAGCGGUGCAGUGAAGGGGAAAUUAAUAAAAGAAAAGGAGUGGCAGACAAUUGCCGAUAAACUCAGUUCAAGAUUUGACACUAAAAAACGGACCUGGGAGGAAGCAAAGAAGAAGUAUUACAAUGUUAAAUCAAGAAGCAAGGAAAAGUUGGACAGCAUUAAAAGGCCAAAGACGGGAGGGGGACCUCCACUUCCCCCAUUGACACAAGGGGAGGAGACUUUCCUCCGCCUUUCUGAGGCAGAGCCAAACAUCCAUGGCCUAGAGGGAGGGGUUGACACAGAUGCUCCAACAAUCAGAUCAGUUCCGUCAACUGGUACAUGUACAGAACUAGAAGCAUCAUCAACUGCUGUGCUAGGUAUAAAUGCAUAAUUAUAUAGUUAUGAAUCUAGAUUUGGGCAUAUAUAAUAUAGUUUUUUGUUUGUCAGUCUGUCCAUUUGUCUAUGACAAAAAACUUUAACACUGGACAUAAUUUCUGAAUGGGUAAAUUAUUGACCUGGGCUGUCAUAUCUCAUACUUGUGGAGAGAUUUUUCCAGUGUUUUUUUUUUUUUUUUUUUUUUUUUUCAUCCUUUAAAAAUAAUGUGUUAUUUGAGGACAUAUCAGUGUUUCACAAAACAUUUUAGCAAUAUGUGUCUUUUUACAAAUAUAUAUGUGUGUGCAACAGAGACAUCUUUCUUCAUAAUCAUACAAAGAGUAAAUAUUCUUCAUUUUAAUUAAAUAAAAUGUUGUAGAACAGGAAAGAUUCUCAUAUUAACCAAUUACAACUAUCAUAUUCUAUAUGCACAGUACAUUUAGUUGUGUUUUUAAAAUUAAUUUGCAAGAUUCUUAUUCUAAUGAAUUACAACUGUCAUGUACAGUAGUUGUUCUUGUAUUUAUAUUCUCUUAGUACACUGUACUUAAAUCUUUAACAAUUCACACCCAUAACAUAUCAACAAAUGUGUUAUAUUGCUAUUAGUAUAACCAAUGAUAAUUAGUGAUAUAAAUGAUGAUCGCUUUUUAUUGAAUUAGAGUCCACAAUAGACAAAGAGCAGGACAAGACAGAUGAAAUCCCUGCAUUAAUUCAACAUGAACUGCCUGCCACAAGGAAGGAAAAGAAAG